AUGUCUUCCACCUCGGGAUUACAAAGACGUCGUGGUGCAAAACAAUCAACGGUGAAAUCAAAUAAUUCUAAUUCAUUUGACGAUGAAAGAGACUACAGUAACAAUUCUACUUCAGCUUCAAAUAUACAAAAUAACGAUUCAGAUCAUAAAAUAGGUUAUGACGAUAGGGAUAUAAAAGACCAUAGAGAGUUGAAACAACCAUUAUUGACAUUAAUGGAAGAAGUUCUUUUAAUUGGUUUAAAAGACAAAGAGGGCUAUCUAUCGUUUUGGAAUGAUAACAUUUCAUAUGCUUUAAGAGGUUGUAUAUUAUUAGAAUUAACGUUUAGAAAUAGAAUAACUUUGGUCAAUGACCCAGCUAGAAGAAGAUUCGAACCAAGUGAUAGGUUAGUUGAAGUCAUAAAUACAGAACCAACUGGAGAGGUUUUGUUAGAUGAAGCGUUAAAAAUUAUGAAAAGUGAUGAAUCAAAUCUAUCAGUAACAAAUUGGAUUGAUUUAUUAAGUGGAGAAACUUGGAAUUUGAUGAAAAUUAAUUAUCAAUUAAAACAAGUUAGAGAAAGGUUGGCUAAGGGAUUAGUUGACAAAGGCAUUUUAAGAACGGAGAGGAAAAAUUUCUUUUUAUUUGACAUGGCAACUCAUCCAAUAGCAGAUAAAUUGUCAAAAGAAUAUAUAAAAAAUCGAUUAUUGGCAUUAUUAAUACAGAGAAAUGUUGACUUGGAUACCAUUUCAAAUGACCAAUUCCCAAAAGAUGUUUCAUUCAAGUAUUUAAGAUCAAUUUCAUUAGUCAGUGGGUCUUAUGCUGCAAAUGUUUUAGAAAACGUUUUAUUAUCAUUAAACUAUGACAAAAGAGAUCAAGCAUUUGCUAGAGCAGACGAAAUUUUAGCUGAUUACAGUGAGUUUCCUUUUAAUUUAUCACAUCAAAGUCCUUUAGGUCUAGGGCUAAAUUUGGGUCAGCAAGUUAGUUCCGAAAUUGAAGAGUCAUCAGCAAGUGAAUUACAAUUGGAAUUAAUAGCUGCUGUUUUGAGCGUGUUUGCUAGAAUGGAUUCUAUUCUUUAG